GACAAACGAUCACACUACAUGUCAAAACAGAAACUGUAACUUCAACGGAUAGAUAUUCGUUUGCAAUGCUUAAAACAAUGGAAGAUUUGUCUGAAGAGAAUAUUGAAGAAACAAAGAGAUAUUUGAAAAAGUACAAAGUAAUUGACAAGUACUUUGUUGAGACACAAAUGUACGACAAAGCAAAAUCGUGCUUAGAAAAACAUGGCAUACUUAUCAUGACGGGUCCUCCUGGUUGUGGAAAAACUAAUGCUGCCAUUCACUUAAUGCUUGGACUAUCUGAUCAAGACUGGACGUGUAGAAAAAUUCAUGCAUUAGAGGAAUUUUCCUUUAUUGAAAAGGAUGAAAAAUCCCUCGUGUUUAUUGAUGAUCUAUUUCACCAUAGCUUAUUGGAUUACGAUAUUGAGAGUUGGUGGGAUAAACUAGAAUAUUAUUUUUCCAAGCAGAUAUUAUGCUCUGGAAAAAAUAACCAGCAAAAAUUGAAUCUGAUUAUAACAGCAAGGGAAAAUGUUAUCAAUAGGGUGUGUUUAUUCAUGAACAGGGUAGCUCCUCUUUUUCAAGAAAGCUUUCGAGUAGAUUUUAAUAGUCUAACUGAUGAUGAAAAACUGGACAUUUUCAGUAAACAAACUGAAUUUUCAAGUAGAGAAAAAAACAUAUCGUUUCCCAUCGUAAACGAGGAAUUUCGAUCAAAGAUUAAAAAAGCAGAAGGACCGAUAGGAUUUCCACUCUGUGCACAUUUAUAUGCUUGUAAGCAGGAAUACAGAACUCGAGGAGUAAAAUUCUUUUCCCAUCCCAUUGAAUUUUUGAAAAUUCAAAUAAGAGAUGAAAUCGAAUCUGACAAGAGUAGCAGAACUAAAACUUUGUUUUUCGUUCUUUUUCUGUUCGAAUGGCAUUCGACACAGUUACAAAAGAUUGGACGUUCCGCAAAAAUUCACAUAGAACGAGAAAGCCAUUGUAGACAGAUUUUGAAUGAUAUUUCUAAGGAUCUGAUCGAUAAUUUUAUUCCAUUGGAUUUUACAGAAUUGGCAAACGUUGCACAAAGACUACAGGGCUCAUUUUUCUUGGUGGAGACCGAAGGGAAUUACAAAUUUGUACACGACAGCAUCCAUGAUGCUGUUGGUGCUUAUUUCUGUGAAACAUAUUUCACAGAAACAGCAAUGUAUUUUCCAUUAGAUAUAAUUAAAGAUCAAGAAUAUUACAAUUUAAGUGAAGCGUCGAUGGAAUUACUUGCUCAACGUCUUAUUUAUGACGCUCUUUGUAAUAGAUUAUCUGAAGUAUUUUCCUGUCGCAUAUUCAGAAAUAAAACAUUUGUUGACAUUUUCUGCAGAGAACUUAAGAAAAAAAAAUUGAUAACAAUAAACAGAUUUUUUACCUUAAAAAACGAAAGCUCCAAUGUAUCACUUCCAUGUUUGUUCUGGGUUAGUCAUAACUCUUUGACUUACGCAUCGGAGAGUUUGUAUGAGGUCACAAAGGAAAAUUAUGUAAAUACUGAUUACCAGUUUUACCUACAUUUAUAUGGGGAAUGCUGCUCUAGAAACAAAAACUUGCUUACGACCGUUAAUGGCAUGCUACGAAAUAAUUUCGAAGAAAUAAAAAAAGAAGUCUUUAAUUUUCGGGAUGCUGAUAAAAACUCAAUUCUUCAUCUUCUAGUUUUGUCUGAGCGAUCAGAUGAGAGUGUGUCGGCUGCGGUUGAAAAGCUAUUAGAUGAUGGGUUAAAUGUCGAUUCUCGAAACGGGAGAAGUAUCACCCCCCUUAUGUUUGCAGUUGAACAAACUUUAUCAAGGAAACAUGUAAUUAAAACACUAAUUAGUCAUGGUGCAAAACAAAAACUUAGUGAUUCCGAACGAUCUACGGUAUAUCAUCAUUGUCUACGUUCUGAUAAUGAUGAUAAGACAUGUGCAGAGUAUUUACAGCUUCUUCUUCCUAAAUUAGAAGAGAAAAAAGAAAUCUUAAGCAAGGGCGAUUCAAGGGGUGAAACAGCGCUUAAUACCGCUGCAAAGCAAAUGCAUUGUAGUAGAAUAUGCAGUAUCCUUAGCCUUCUACAAUAUGAAGAGUGUAUUGUUGGAACAUUAAAUGAGGAAGGAUUCUCCCCAAUACACAACGUUGUUGAACAUCUCAAAGGAAUCUCCACAUUUGUGAAGCUUGAAUGUUGUAUUAGAGUAAUUAUUUUCCUUAGAUAUGGCAUAGAUCCGCAGAAACUCUCAGAUAAAAAUUUCCGUGCUGUCGACUUGAGCAAAGAUGACGUUGUUAACCGAAUUUUGAAAAAUCCCAAGGACAUUUCAGUUAUGAAAAAUUCUUUAGAUGAUUUAUUAAAAAAUAUGGAACCUAAACACUGCAAACUAGACAUUCUUCCAGACCUGAAUGAAAAACUCGGUAUUGAAAUACAAAGUCGCAUAGAAAAAGCUGUUCCAUACUUGUUGAAUGUGAUUUUUGAAAAAUAAAAUGAUUAAAAUACUUUAAAGUAUAC